AUGACGAUGGCGCAUAACCAAGACGCAGGCCCUGUGGUCUUAAUCCCUAACCUAGGCUCUGUCAGGGGUGUGUUUAACAAGGACAUGGGCAACAAGGUCGCCAAGUUCUUGAACGUCCCCUUUGCUGUUGUCGAGGAACGGUGGCGUCCGGCGACGAAGGUCCAAGCUUGGGAUGGUGUACGUGAUGCCACCAAGCUUGGGCCAAUGCCACCACAGCAGACAGAGAACAAUGCGUUUUUGUCGAUGUUCCUGGGUGUUCCCGAGAAGUUUGUCUAUGACGAGGAUAUGAGCGAACGCGAUUGUCUGAACUGCAAUAUCUUUAUGCCUGCGUCGGCUGUUGGUUCUUCUGAAGAGUUGCCGGUUCUGGUGUGGAUCCAUGGUGGUGGGAUGCAGUGCUCGGACUUGGUGUUGGAGUCGAUCAACCAGGACAAGCCCAUGAUCGUCGUCACGCUCAACUACCGCCUCAACUACUUUGGCUUUCUCUCCUCCAAAGAACUCCUCCUCGACGCCCAACAACACGCCAAGACCAUUCCUGACAAUCAAUGGUACGAUGGCUCGGUCGGGAACUGGGGAAUCUUGGACCAAAUCCUAGGGCUGGAAUGGAUCAGGGAUCAUAUUGGCGCUUUCUCGGGCAACCCCUCCCGCGUCACAAUUAUGGGCGAAUCUGGCGGGUCUAUUGCAGUUUCGUACCUCCACCUGAUCCCCCAGGCGCGAGGGCUCUUCCGCCGCUCGAUCCUCCAAUCUGGUGCGGCAUCGACGAUGCCAGAGAUGUACCCGGAGCAAGAGGGACAGGUCAUGUUUGAUCGUCUAUGUAAGUUGUGUGAGAUCCCAGAAGAUUUGGAACCCUUGGAGAAGGUUGCAAGACUGAGGCGGGUGCGGGGGGAGAAGUUUGUGGAGGAUAUGAAUGCGACGCCGUUUAUUCUUUUUAGGCCCAGUUUGGAUGGGGUUGUGUUUAGGAAGGAUUGUAGGAUGACGGUGGGGGAUGCUGAGAGUUAUGAUCCGCAGUUGGAGUGGGUCAUGACUGGUAACACCCGCGAUGAAGGAGCGUCCACACUCGAAGAACAGGAUCCCCUCAUUUCCCGCCUCUGCCCACUUUCCUCCCGUCCCCAAUUCACCACCAUCUUCGGGACCCCCUCAACCGACACAGAAGUCCAACACCUCUCCAUGCGCCUCACCGGCGACGGCGGGUAUCGCUUCCCAACUCUCCAAAUCAGCGAAGCCAUCAAGGCUCACCCCACUGCCCAAUUGACCCGAUACCAUUUCGAUCGUCAUACCGAGAAGCUUGAGGGAAUGAUGCCCGGGAUGGGAGCUCAUCAUGGAGUUGAUUUGUUUUUCGUUUUCGGAAACGCGACGGCGAGGGGCUUGUUGAAUAAGGAAGAGAAGGGGUUUGUGAAGAAGGUCCAGGCGGUUUGGAUCGAGUUUGUGACGGCCGCUUCGCCCAUGGCUUCUACACUCCCCAAGGUUCUCGGUAGUCUUCAUCCUACUACUUCUUCGGGUGAGGGUGUGGGCGCGGGAGAGGAGGCGGUGGUGGCAGAGAAAGAGGCGAUUGUGUUUGGGGACGAUUUAAAAGUAACAAGGGGUGCGGUGGAGCGGCUUUCAGCAGAGGAGAUUGCGUUCUGGUGGAAAUCUUAUGCGUAUGCUGCUGAGCAGGCUAAGCUUGGUCGAGCUGGUGAAGUUGGCUUUAACCUUGCCAAGGGCAUCAAGCCAUAA